CCAACAGCGCCAACUACAACUCAAGUUUAGGUAGAGAACUCUGCUAAGAAGGCAGCAUAGCCUGCUGUCGCUUUCACCACCAAGCGCAAGAACGUCGGCACCCCCCCGGCGACGUUCCCUCAGAAUCGCGUUAUAAGGCCACUUUGACUUUCAUUACGGUGCUACAUACGGACGCACGUCCUAGGACUGCUCUGACGACGAGCUGCUAGUAGUGUUAGAGCUUGAAACAUGGCACAGAACAACAUUCAGUACUCGGAGAAGUAUUACGACGACGUCUACGAGUACCGGCACGUCGUCCUGCCCCCGGAGAUUGCCCAGCUGCUUCCCAAAGGCCGCCUUCUAUCAGAGAACGAGUGGCGCGCUCUGGGCGUGCAGCAGUCGCGUGGCUGGGUGCACUACGCGAUUCACCGACCAGAGCCACAUAUCAUGCUGUUCAGGCGGCCAAAGGGCUACGGCACCAACCCCGUAGCGCCUGAGGCUCUGCAGGUUCAGUAAGAUGACGGCGUUGGAGCAUACCAGUAGCAGCCAACGAUGCGUGUGAUGACAUAUCUAACCUGACGUGUACAUAUGGAGUGGAGGGAAUGCAGACUGACGGCACAUGGCCGUAUCGGAAUGCGGGUGUGCUUAUUUAAAUGGCUCUGCAAGGGGGGAAGACGUGGGGGGAAGACUCCAACGAGCAUGGGAAUCUGCAUGCAGAUGACGUGAUACCGCUGUCCAGGAGUGCCGCUAUCCGCAUCUGCGCACUGUGAGCAAGUUGACGAGGGUGUAUGUAUUGGCAGCCAAUCAUGUGCAGGGCUACAAGCCCAUCCGUGCCACAGGCGAGGGCGCUGUAAGAUCCCGUUACGUCACCCGGCGUAUCCGGUGAUGGGAUUCGGGCACCUGUAAACAGUGGCCUGCAAUAUAGUGGAUCUUGGCGUUGACGCACUCCUUGGCUUGAUACAACACAAACACGUGUCUUGGCGUUGAUGUAGCUGUAAGGUUUUGGGGCGAACAGCUUCAGUGCCUGGGGUAAGUUUGCACGUACCAUCCAUGCAUGAGGAGCCGGGACAGCCGUGAGCCGCGCGGGGAACCAGAUAUCAGCUGCCUCCGGUCAUUGGGAGCUGUCGAACACACAGCUCGUCAUAUGGUCGGUUGCCAGGGUGUGUGAUGGGACAGUGGCAAGGCAGGUUGGUAAGGUCCCUUAGGGCGCAGCUAAUUCCCAUACCCAACAAAUGGCAAACAGUUGGCAGAGGCAGGGCAAGAGUGCGCGGCUGGUCUAACGCCGGAGUUACUGUACCGACGAGUUGCUGGCUGGCUGGAAGUUUGCUGACGCGCAUUCCUCACGCUCCGGGCGCCCGGCCAGGCGAUAGCACCACACAGACACACCGCAACGCCACACUCGCGAGGCAGAGCCGCAUCGCACCUGCAGGAAGGUGACCAGCGUCCACGGAUGAGCACGAGAGGCAGCCGCAGAGAAAAUGCAAACGGAGUGCAGCAAAGCAAUGGCCGGGCGACAGUGUGACAAGCAGGGGCGCAAACAGGGCGAGGCAAGGCAGAAGAGUGUGCUGUUGCUCCCGGGGCGGUGGAUUACGAGUCUUAGACAGGCAGCCUCCACAGGGAAGGCCUGGUUGCCCUGCAAGGGUCGGGACCCCGGAUACACAGGCCGUUUAUUGACUCCUU